GGCCUCGGGCCCUCAGGCGGAGCGGCGGGCGCCGGACCCCCGGGUGGAGCGACAGGUCUCGUGCCCUCAGGCGGAGCGGCGGGCGCCGGACCCCCAGGCGGAACUACAGGUCUCGGGCCCUCAGGCGGAGCGGCGGGCGCCGGACCCCCGGGUGGAGCGACAGGUCUCGGGCCCUCAGGUGGAGCGGCGGGCGCCGGACCCCCAGGCGGUGCGACAGGUCUCGGGCCCUCAGGCGGAGCGACAGGUCUCGGGCCCCCAGGCGGGGCGGCGGGCGCCGGACCCCCAGGUCUCGGGCCCCCAGGCGGAGCAGCGGGCACCGAGUCACCAGGCACGACAGUGGGCUCCGAGUCAACUGGCAUGACCGCUGGCACUAGGUCAGACAAUUGGAUCGUCUGGCUGGACAGCGGGCAUCGGGUCACCAGGCAUCAGGUCAUUUGGCUCGAC